CACUUCACCUAUUCGAUAGUUUUGGUUCUUCCGGAGCAAAAAAUCAACGGAAGAACUUGCUUUGGUGCUUGUGAAGUUCCUGAAACAUAAGCCUAUCUAUCUCUUCUAUACAGAUAUAUAGUUCUUAGAUCUUCUACCAUGAUCUUCGUGUAUUAUUCCCUUCUCUUAUUCCUUUUGUCUCGGUCAGUUCCGUCGGUUGCGCUUUAUAGUGUUUCCUCAUCGGAGCCACUCUUCCCAAAUCAAACUCUCGUCUCCUCAAGCCUGAACUUUGAGCUUGGCUUCUUCUCACCAAAUGGUUCGAAUAAUCGCUACGUUGGGAUGUGGUAUAAGAACUUUAUACCCUCCAAGGUUGUCUGGGUAGCCAAUCGAGACCGUCCACUCCCUUUCAAGGACCAGCUUGUGAGUUUAACAAUAGGAAGUGAUGGCAAUCUGAGACUUCUCGAUGGGGCGCGAAAUGUUGUGUGGUCAACAAACGUUUCCAUGAAGUCAAAGGGCUCGACUGCGGCACUUCUGGACACGGGCAACCUCGUGUUGAGAGAUGGGGAUUCAGGAAAUAUCAUAUGGGAGAGCUUUGAUUAUCCUACCGACACACUUCUGCCUGGCAUGAAGACAGGAAUAAAUGUCAAAACUGGAGAGAAACAGUACUUGGUUUCGUGGAAAACCGACAUCGAUCCGUCGCCAGGAAAUUUUUCCUUGGGAAUGACUCCGGAGGUUCCACCGCAGCCAUUCAUUUGGAAUGGACCAGAUCCUCAUUGGAGAGGUGGUCAAUGGGAUAAAUCGAAGUUUAUCGGGAUAGCUGACAUGGAUAUGACAUAUUUGAACGGGUAUAAUGUCCAACAGGACAUUCAACAGGGGACUACAUAUUUUAGUUUUUCAGUCAGUAACAAUAUUUCUUUCGACUACCUGUUCAUUUCAUCAGAAGGGUAUUGUGAGUUGGUCGACUGGGAUGAUGAAGUAGGAGAGUGGCACCAUGGCUGGAAAGCACCCCGAGAUCGUUGCGAGAUCUAUGGAACCUGCGGACCUUUCGGAAUAUGCAAUGCCUCUGCCUUGCCCAUCUGCAGAUGUUUAGAUGGAUUCACACCUAAAUCACAAGAAGAGUGGGAAUUAGGAAACUGGAUGGGUGGUUGCCAUAGGAUAAAGGAAUUGCAAUGCGGAAGAGAUCCAAAUUCAGCAGCAUCAAUAGCAUUGGGGGGCAUUCAGAACGAUUACUUUUUGAAAUUAAGCCAGAUGAAACUGCCGGAUGUUUCAACCUAUGUACCUUUCUUAGACGCUGGGGAUUGCCAGGAUUGGUGCUUGAAUAACUGUUCCUGCCUAGCUUAUUCAUAUAUAGACACCAUAGGAUGUAUGGUUUGGUUCGACGAACUUAUGGACAUUCAAAGCUUCAACAUUUCCGGCGAAGAUCUGUUCCUUCGGCUUGCAUUUGACGAAAGAGAGAAUGGGACCGGAAAUGACCAGAACAACAUAGGCUCAAGUACGAAGAUCAUCAUCAGCCUCACAACCAUUUCCGCCAUCAUUGCCCUAGGAGCUGGUAUAUAUUUUAGAUACAGGUGGAGAGCUAAUAAAAAAGUGAAAAUCAGGAAGGAAGAGAAAGAAGAUUUGUUAUCUGAUUUACCAAUGAUCGAUUUCAAAAGCAUAUUAGUUGCAACAAGCAACUUCAGCAUCAGGAACAAACUCGGGCAAGGAGGAUUUGGCCCCGUCUAUAAGGGAAUGUUACAAGAUGGUAAGGAAGUUGCAGUGAAGAGGCUUUCGAGUAGCUCAGGUCAAGGAAUGGAAGAAUUCAAGAAUGAGACCAUACUGAUAUCGAAGCUUCAGCACCGGAAUCUUGUCAAGCUCAUAGGUUGCUGCAUUGAAGGAGAAGAAAAGAUCUUAGUCUAUGAGUACUUGCCAAAUAAGAGCUUGGAUACAAUCCUUUUUGAUCCGAGGAGGAAGGGAAAACUUACUUGGGAGAAGCGCUUCGACAUUAUCCAAGGAGUAGCUAAAGGGUUAUUGUAUCUCCAUCGCGAUUCUUGGUUAAGAGUCAUCCAUCGAGACCUCAAAGCUAGCAAUAUUCUCCUUGAUGAAAAGAUGAAUCCGAAAAUUUCAGAUUUUGGAUUGGCACGAAACUUCCAAACUACUCAAGAUUUGGUGAAUACCCGUAGGGUUGUGGGAACACUCGGGUACAUGUCUCCAGAAUAUGCUAUGGGUGGAAUGUUUUCCGAGAAAUCCGAUGUCUAUAGCUUUGGGGUCCUGAUGUUAGAAAUUAUCAGCGGCAAGAGGAAUACGAGCUUCUGCUACCUCGGAAGAACUCUCAAUCUUCUUUCAUAUGCAUGGCAGCUCUGGGAGGAAGGGAGAGGGGUGGAGAUCCUUGAUGAGGCAAUAUCGGUUAAUUCCAUUGCUUCCCGGCCAGAAGUAGUGAAAUGCAUAUGGAUCGGCCUUCUCUGUAUUCAGGACCAAGCCACAGACCGACCCAACAUGCCGUCCAUAGUUUUGAUGCUUUCUGGCGAAUCCGAUCUCCCAGACCCGAAACCUCCCACUCUCACCAGUUUUCAGAGCCCGAUGGAUCAUGAAAUCCGUGAUCAGCAAGAGGGCACUCUAUCCAUCAACACAAUGACUCGAACUGUAAUAGACGGUCGAUAGCCAAAUGAAGAUUUCACACUAUUAACAUAGUCCUAUUUGCUGGGAUGCGAGAAGUAUAUAUACUAACUGGAUGGUGUAAUAGACGGGUACAUGGUAUGAUGAUCCAUUUGAUUUUUCCUAUA